AACCCGAACCUGAACCCAGCUGUGUGUCCUUGAAGAGCGAUGAAUCGAUGCAUCCACCAUUACUCUUCAAAAAUGAACUUUCUUCACAGACACAGAGGAAGCUGGACCAACCUGAAUCCAGCUGUGUGUCUAUGAAGAGCAACAGUUCGAUAGAGCCACCGUUAGGCUUCAAUAAUCAACAUUCUUCACAGACAGAAGUAGACCAGGAGAGCUCAGAGGUUCCCAGUGGUCAGUGUGCCCAGCAGCAUCAAACACACCUGGACUCCAUAUUUAUGCUGCUGGAGGAGAACAUCGUCACUUUUGUGAAGAACGAACUGAAGAAGAUGCAGAAGAGUCUGAGUCCAGAUUACCCAGAAUGCUUAGAGAAUCAGAGGGAGGAUGAGGAGGUGUUGGACGGUGAGGAGGAAGAGCAGAAGAGGAGCAGCAGAGAGGCAUUUCUGAAGAUCACACUGCACUUCCUGAGGAGAAUGAAGCAGGAGGAGCUGGCUGAGCAUCUGCAGAGCAGAAAUGUUCCUGCUUGUUGUCGGUCUAAACUCAAGUCUAACCUGCAGAAGAAGUUCCAGUGUGUGUUUGAGGGGAUCGCUAAAGCAGGAAACCCAACCCUUCUGAAUCAGAUCUACACACCUCUCUACAUCACUGAGGGAGGGACUGCAGAGGUCAAUGAUGAACAUGAGGUCAGACAGAUUGAAACAGCAUCCAGGAAACCAGUCAGACCAGAAACAACAAUCAGACAUGAAGACAUCUUUAAAGCCUCACCUGGAAGAGAUGAACCAAUCAGAACAGUGAUGACAAAGGGAGUGGCUGGCAUUGGGAAAACAGUCUUAACACAGAAGUUCACUCUGGACUGGGCUGAAGACAAAUCCAACCAGGACACACACUUCACAUUUCCAUUCACUUUCAGACAGCUGAAUGUGCUGAAAGAGAAAAAGUACAGCUUGGUGGAACUUGUUCAUCACUUCUUUACUGAAACCAAAGAAGCAGGAAUCUGCAGGUUUGAAGAGUUCCAGGUUGUGUUCAUCUUUGAUGGUCUGGAUGAGUGUCGACUUCCUCUGGACUUCCACAACAAUGAGAUCCUGACUGAUGUUACAGAGUCCACCUCAGUGGAUGUGCUGCUGACAAACCUCAUCAGGGGGAAACUGCUUCCCUCUGCUCGCCUCUGGAUAACCACACGACCUGCAGCAGCCAAUCAGAUCCCUCCUGAAUGUGUCAGCAUGGUGACAGAGGUCAGAGGGUUCACUAACCCACAGAAGGAGGAGUACUUCAGGAAGAGAUUCACACUUGAGAAGCAGGCCAGAACCAUCAUCUCCCACAUCAAGACAUCACGAAGCCUCCACAUCAUGUGCCACAUCCCAGUCUUCUGCUGGAUCACUGCUACAGUUCUGGAGGAUGUGUUGAAAAGCAGAGAGGGAGGAGAGCUGCCCAAGACCCUGACUGAGAUGUACAUCCACUUCCUGGUGGUUCAGACCAAACUGAGGAACAUCAAGUAUGAUGGAGGACGAGAGACAGAUCUACACUGGGGUCCAGAAAGCAGGAAGAUGAUUGAGUCUCUGGGAAAACUGGCUUUUGAGCAGGUGCAGAAAGGCAACCUGAUCUUCUAUGAAUCAGACCUGAUAGAGUGUGGCAUCGAUAUCAGAGCAGCCUCAGUGUACUCAGGAGUGUUCACACAGGUCUUUAAAGAGGAGAAAGGGCUGUACCAGGACAAGGUGUUCUGUUUCGUCCAUCUGAGCGUUCAGGAGUUUCUGGCUGCUCUUCAUGUCCAUCUGACAUUCAUCAAGUCUGGAGUCAAUCUGCUGGCAGAAGAACAAACAUUACAGAAGUCUGAAACUCAACAAGAAUCUGCAGGGACACAUCUCUACCAGAGCGCUGUGGACAAGGCCUUACAGAGUCCAAAUGGUCACCUGGACUUGUUCCUCCGCUUCCUCUUGGGUCUUUCACUGCAGAUCAAUCAGACUCUUCUACAAGGUCUGCUGACACAGACAGAAAGUCCCUCAAGGACCAAUCAGGAAACAGUCGAGUACAUCAAGAAGAAGAUCAGUGAGAAUGUGUCUGUAGAGAGAACCAUCAAUCUGUUCCACUGUCUGAAUGAACUGAAUGAUCGUUCUCUAGUGGAGGAGAUCCAACAGUCCCUGAGAUCUGGAAGUCUCUCCACAGAAAAACUGUCUCCUGCUCAGUGGUCAGCUCUGGUCUUCAUCUUACUGUCAUCAGAAAAAGAUCUGGAUGUGUUUGACCUGAAGAAAUACUCUGCUUCAGAGGAGGCUCUUCUGAGGCUGCUGCCAGUGGUCAAAGCCUCCAACAAAGCUGUCCUGUCUGACUGUAACCUCUUAGAGAGAAGCUGUGCGGCUCUGUCCUCAGUUCUCAGUUCCCAGUCCUCUAAUCUGAGAGAGCUGGACCUGAGUAACAACAACCUGCAGGAUUCAGGAGUGAAGCGGCUGUGUGCUGGACUGAAGAACCCACACUGUACACUGAAAACUCUCAGCCUGUCAGGAUGUCUGAUCACAGAGGAAGGCUGUGCUUCUCUGGCCUCAGCUCUGAGCUUCAACCCCUCCCAUCUGAGAGAGCUGGACCUGAGCUACAAUCAUCCAGGAGACUCAGGAGAGAAGAUCCUGUCUGCUGGACUGGAGGAUCCACACUGCAGUCUGGACACUCUCAGCCUGCAGCCUGCUGGAGUCCGAUGGUUGACACCAGGUCUCAGGAAGUAUUUCUGUGAACUCACACUGGAUCCAAACACAGCACACAGAAACCUCAAACUGUCUGACAACAACAGGAAGGUGACCUAUGUGAAGGAGGACCAGUCAUAUCCUGAUCAUCCAGACAGAUUCGACAGCAUGCCUCAGCUGCUGUGUAGAAACGUUCUGACUGGUCGCUGUUACUGGGAGGUGGAGUGGGAAGGAAGCGGUCUGAUAGCGGUGACUUAUGGAGACAUCAGCAGAAAAGGAGGCAGACCCGACUCCUGGUUUGGAGGGAACGAUCAGUCUUGGAGUCUCGAGUGCUCUGAGGGCGGUUACUGUGUCUGGCACGAUAAGAGAGGAACAGACCCCUCUUCCCCAUCUUCCUCUGUGUCUAACAGAGUAGCAGUGUACGUGGACAGUCCUGCUGGCACUCUAUCCUUCUACAGAGUCUCUCCUGACACACCCAUCCACCUCCACACCUUCAACACCACAUUCACUCAGCCUCUGUAUGCUGGGUUUGUGUUCUGGUCAGCCAGGUUUGGUCACACAGUGUCUCUAUGUUCUCUGUAGGAGAGAGAGUCACCACUUCCUCGUGUUUAAUACCAGCCUGAUCUCUCACUGGGUAUAAAUGCAGUUUCUAAACCAGCAGUGUCAAACAUACCCACUGGAUAACUUUGUAAAGUAAAAAAAUUGAAGAAAACUAAUUCAAAAUGUUCAAUAAAAUGCAGUUAUUCUUACUUAUUUUCACUCGUAAUUCACAUUCAAGGUUUCUUAUCUUCCUGUGGUUGCCAGUUUGACAUUGACAUUCUUAAAACUGACAACUGGUUAGUACUUCACACCUAAUAUUGCUGCACUUGUGAAGGUUUUUCCACCCUGACCUGAAUACAAUCCUCUGAAGAAAACAUUGAAUACAUAUUAUAUUGUCAGUGGAGGAUUUAGAUAUUGGCGAUAUGGGAAGCCAACCAGGGCAUCACAUCACAUCAAUGAUAUGUCACCAUGAGGGUCAAUUUACCUUGUUGGAGU